AAGUUUAUUUCAAAUAAUGUUGUAAAUCUUGAUAUAUCACUUUAUAACCAAUUUAAAGAUAAAUCAUAUAUAACAACACUUAAGUGGAAUGGCGAUACACUACCAGAUAAAAAUGAAUUUCCACCAUUUUUGACAAAUUUAUAUUUGCACUCUUAUAAUAUGUUACCAAUAACUUUACCAAAUAGUCUUACAUCACUCACAUUCGGUGAUAAUUUUAACCAAGUAGUUCUACCCGGCAUAUUACCAAAUAGUCUUACAACACUCGUAUUCGGUUAUAAUUUUAAUCAAGUAAUUCUACCCGACACAUUACCAAAUAGUCUUACAACACUCGCUUUCAGUGAUAGUUUUAACCAAGUAGUUCUACCUGGCACAUUACCUAAUAGUCUUACAACACUCACACUCGGUUAUUUUUUUAACCAAGUAGUUCUACCCGACACAUUACCUAAUAGUCUUAAAAUACUCUCAUUUGGUUAUGAUUUUAACCAAGUAGUUCUACCCGACACAUUACCAAAUAGUCUUACAACACUCACAUUCGGUCGUAGUUUUAACCAAGUAGUUCUACCUGGCACAUUUCCCAAUAGUCUUACAAAUCUCAUAUUCGGUUAUAGUUUUAACCAAGUAUAUAUACCCGGCUUAUUACCAAAUAGUCUUACAACACUCACAUUCGGUUUUUGUUUUAACCAAGUAAUUCCACCCGGCUCAUUACCAAAUAGUCUAACAAAACUCAAAUUCGGUUUUGAUUUUAACCAAGUAGUUCUACCCGGCACAUUACCAAAUAGUCUCACAACACUCACAUUCGCUCGUAGUUUUAACCAAGUUAUUCCACCCGGCACAUUGCCAAAUAGUCUCACAACACUCACAUUCGGUAAUGGUUUUGACCAUGAAGUUCCACCCGGCACAUUACCAAAUAGUCUUAAAACACUCACAUUCGGUCAUGGUUUUAACCAAGUACUUCUACCAGGCACAUUACCAAAUAGUCUUACAACACUUACAUUCGGUUAUCGUUUUAACCAAAUUUUUCUACCUGGCACGCUACCAAAUAGUCUCACAACACUUACAUUCGGUUUUAAUUUUAACCAAGUAGUUACACCCGGUACAUUUCCAAAUAGUCUCACAACACUCACAUUCGGUGAUGGAUUUAACCAAGUAGUUCCACCCAACACAUUACCAAAUAGUCUCACUACACUCACAUUCGGUCAUGGUUUUGACCAAGUACUUCUAUCAGGCAUAUUACCAAAUAGUCUUACAACACUCACAUUCGGUUAUCGUUUUAACCAAAUUGUUCUACCUGGCACGCUACCAAAUAGUCUCACAACACUUACAUUCGGUUUUUGUUUUAACCAAGUAGUUACACCGGGCACAUUACCAAAUAAUCUCACAACACUUACAUUCGGUUCUAAAUUUAAACCAAGUAUUUCCACCCAGCUCAUUUCCAAAUAG